UGGGUAGAGUUCUGCCGGCAGGAGAAGCCAUACAAUUUAGACACCAGCGUAAUAUGCAUGAAGCACUUUACGGAUAAGGAUUACAUGAGAACUGCUAGUCGACCAUCGCUUCGCCGCGACGCCAUGCCAACCAUUUUUGAGUGGGAAAUAGAUCCUGCUCCGGUGUGUGAGUCACAAAAUGACAGCGUUGAGGAGAUCAUUGAGCUACAAAAUUGCGAAGUUGGUUUAAAUGAAGGCGAUAAAGUAUAUCGGCCCAGGGACGGUACUCUUGAUGCUUCGACGUCACCUAUCCGUAACUGUGUUUACUAUGAUAGUGAUCUACAGGAAGUGGAAGUGUUGAAAGUGGAAGUGUACGUUAAUAAGUAACAGAUCUUUAUGUGUAAAUGUAAUAAUAUCUUAUAUUUCUCUUAUUUGAAGUGAGACAUUCAAGCGCGAAAAUGCACACCUCAAAAAGGAAACCGAAAAGCAGUGCACCGAGCUCGCUACAUUGAAGCGGGAGUCCGACCUGCA